UUUCCUAUUGCUGAUGUGUUGUUAGAGAGUGGGGUUUUGGUUUGGGUGUAUUGGUGUUUGCUGGUCGUUGUUAUUUGUUUUAGUUAUAAUUCUGUGCUGCAGCAUGCCUUUCUAUCAGACUUGGGAGGAGUUUGCGAGAGCUGCCGAGAAACUUUAUUUAACAGAUCCUAUGAAGGUUCGAGUUGUUCUCAAGUAUCGGCACUGUGACGGGAACCUGUGUAUGAAAGUCACUGAUGAUGCAGUGUGUUUGCAGUACAAGACAGAUCAGGCCCAGGAUGUCAAGAAAAUAGAGAAAUUCCAUGGCCAGCUGAUGAGACUUAUGGUAUCGAAGGAAUCCCGCAGUGUUUCCAUGGAAACAGACUGAGCUGACAGUUUUUGUUUGCAAAUACAAUUCGGACAGUGUUCGGACAAUUCGGACACUGACGCAAAAUUGGAAGACCAGGGAACAGGAGAGACUUUGAUAUGGGGGGUGGGGAGGGUAAGUUA